ACUACCAAUUUCAGCAUGAAAGUGUAUUAUAUUCUUAUACGGAAUAUAGAGAAAUGCGCUCUCUUCCAGGGAGAUGUUUACUUAGCCUCUAAAAGGUUGCAAGGCAAAGAAUUAGAAAAAGGAACGAUACUGAAAAGCGAGCAAACCAACCAGACCAGAUUCUUUGUGGCUGAUCGAAAAGAAAUAUUUUUUGAUAGGAACUGCGUUGAGGAAAUCGACGGAAAGUUAGAACUUCUUACAUAUGCGGAGGCUGAACAGCUUUUGGAGAUUAUUUCUCUAGAGGAACGACUGCGGGUAUUCGACGCCGGACAGCGACGCUCCGGAGGACAGACAGAAGCGGGAAGUGAUCGGAGGGACACUCGCGUAGGGGCUGAGCUUUCGAGACCAAGAACACCCUCUACAAAAGAACUGAGAUCUGCCAUACAAGAUGAAGAGCGUCAAAAAUUGAAAACAGAGCUAGAAUUACAGAAAGAACAAAUCGACACCUUAACUGCAGAAAGAGAAGAACUUAAGGAGCAGUUAUCCGAAAAAGAACUUAGGUCUGCCAGACAAGAUGAAGUACGUCAAAAACUAGAAAAUGAGCUAAAAUUUCUGAGGGAACAAACCAACACCUUAACUGAGAAAGACAAAGCACUCGAGAAGAAGCUGUCCGAAAAAGAUUCACAGUUGGCACACCGCGACCAGCAACGAGGAAAAUGGAAGGAAGAGAAAGCUGAAUUCAUAAAAAGGCUAAAAACCCUCCAACAAAACUUAGACGAAGUAACACAAGCUAAGAAGGAUCCUGAACAGCAAGUGGUGAACCUGGAAGCAGAGUCAAUAGCAAAAGAAAAACGAGCGAAAGAACUGGAAGAGUCUUCAGCCUCAGUUCAACAUACUCCAGAUGACUAUAGACCAGAAGAGUCCUGUGAAUGGGUCAUAUCACGUAACGAGAUUAUCCUGACAGAUCAGAACCUUGGGAAGGGUGCUUGGGGUAAAGUUCUCCUUGGGAGGUUUAGAGGUUGCAAAGUAGCUGUGAAACAGAUUCAUGGCUUGAUUCGUUCCUCCUCUUUCAAAUCCACGUUUGAAAGAGAAAUGAAUAUUGCUUCAAGAUGCCGCCACCCUUGUUUGCUGCAGUUCAUUGGUGCAACAAACGAUGAAGGAACGCCUUUGCUUGUAACAGAGUUAAUGGAAACCAGUCUACGAGCGUUCCUAGAAGCCCAGUUUCCAACUCUCUCUAAUUCAGGAAUUUCUCUCAUUUCCUUGGAUGUAGCACUCGCCCUUAAUUAUUUGCACAAAACUGAGCCUCUUCCCAUCAUCCACCGCGAUGUAAGUAGUGCCAACGUGUUGUUGUGGCGACAGGGUCCGCAUUGGCGAGGCAAAGUGUCAGAUUAUGGAGCCGCCAACUUUAUGCAGCAGACCAUGACAAUCGCUCCUGGAACUAUGGUUUACAGUGCGCCUGAGGCUCUUACUCCAAAUCAUACUGUUAAGAUUGAUGUGUACAGCUUUGGAGUCCUACUCUGUGAAAUGUGCACGGGAAUAUUUCCACAUCCUGAUCUGCGCGAGAAACAUAUAUCCCAAGUGACAAACCAAGAGUUUAAAAGUCUCAUUCAACGCUGUGUGCUGCCAAACCCUAAGAAACGCCCAGAUAUGAAGGAAAUCUGUGCUGAAGUCGAGGCCUUGUAUGACCACCAAUCAGAAAGCGAGGGCGAUAAACUCUCAAUUGGAGCCAUAGAGCAAAUGUUGAGAGGUGCUGUUAGGGAGACUAACGAUGGAGAACAGACGAGGGAAGUGCAUCAUGAAGCAAUAGAACCACACACGGCGAGCAGCAUACAACCAAGUCAAGAGUCAUGUGACUGGACCAUCCGACGUGAUCAAAUUGAGCUGACAGAUGAAUGUCGUGGCAGAGGAUAUGUUGGGAAGGUCUUUGAAGGCAAAUACAAUGGCUGUGCGGUAGCAGUGAAGCUAGUCCAUGAGGUCCUCCUUUCCCCUGAAUACCGCCGUUUGUUUGAACAAGAGAUAAACAUUGCUUCACGAUUCCGUCACCCUUGCUUACUUCAGUUCAUCGGAGCAACUAACGAUGAAGAAUUUCCUUUGAUCGUGACAGAGCUUAUGGAGACAAGUCUACAAUCACUGUUAACUUCGCGAUCUCUAUCGGAAGCGGAAGUCUGCGCUAUUUCUCAGGAUGUAGCUGAGGCACUGAACUACCUUCACCACAGAGAACCAUCUCCAAUCAUUCACCGAGACGUCUGCAGUGGUAAUGUGUUGUUGUGGCGACAAGGACAUCAGUGGAGAGGAAAGUUGACCGUUUCAAUCGCUACCACUUUUCAGCAAGAAAUCAUGACAACAGCUCCUGGAAAUAUGCUGUACAGUGCACCAGAAACAAAAGGAACAAAACAGACCGUCAAGGUGGACAUCUAUAGUUUUGGUGUUCUCCUGUGCGAGAUGUGCAUCGGGGAACUACCAGAUCCUGAGCAGCAAGGACAACAAGUUGCAAGAGUGAAAAACCACGUGCUUCAAGAGUUGAUACACAAAUGCCUGCCAGAAGAUCCUGAGAAGAGACCAGGGAUAGAGUAUGUCGUUACUGAACUACGCCACGGAAAGUUACACUAAUUUCAGUUGGUCAAAUUUGUUUUUAUCAGCCAGUGUCUUGAAAAGAUAAACAUGAGGCGAACUUGCAAAUAGCUCCAUACUUAAAAACUUCUAAAGAUCCUGAGAAAUUUACUUAAAAACCUUUUAGUUUAGAUGAUAGCUGUUAGCUUACUUCUACAGUGUAUAUAUCCGAUAAACAGACAACACAACAUGGCAGACAACGUGAACGUUUGCAUGGCCGAUACCCGGAAAAGUUAGAAAUCAUUGAAACAUUUUAAAAGCAUUAAUAUCAUUGACUAGUGUAGUUCAGUAUGUAUUGUAAAAAUUAAAGAGGAGGUCCCAC